AGAUAUAUAGAUUGUCCACAGUCCCCCACAUGCUAUAUACGCGUGUGCGUAUGUGUGUGUGUGUUAAGUUUCUAUAAAUAUAUAUACUGUAUAAAAUAACAAAAACACACUCCAAAAUUCAACCCCCCGCCUCAACUGCAUUCAUUCAUAAUUGAGAGAGAUGACGGUGAAUAUUACAUCGAUAAAAACAGCAUCAGAUGGUGUUUGGCAAGGUGACAACCCUUUUGACUAUGCAUUUCCUUUGUUAAUUGUCCAAACUGCCCUUGUCCUCGCCGUUAGCCGCUCUCUUGCCUUCCUUCUCAAGCCUCUCCGUCAGCCCAAAGUCAUUGCUGAGAUCGUCGGUGGAAUUCUAUUGGGACCAUCGGCAUUAGGCAGGAAUCAAAACUACAUGCACAAGAUAUUUCCCCGUUGGAGCACUCCAAUUCUGGAGUCAGUUGCAAGCAUUGGCCUACUUUUUUUCCUCUUUUUAGUCGGGCUAGAGCUCGACUUGAGCUCCAUUCGUAGGAGUGGGAAACGGGCAUUUGCAAUAGCAGCAGCAGGGAUCUCGCUCCCUUUCAUACUCGGAAUUGGAGUCGCAUUUGUUUUAAGAAAAACUAUUGAAGGAGCCGAUAAAGUUGGGUAUGCUCAAUAUCUUGUGUUCAUGGGAGUGGCUUUGUCCAUUACUGCCUUUCCGGUGUUGGCACGUAUUCUGGCUGAACUGAAACUGUUAACCACUAGAGUGGGUGAGACUGCAAUGGCUGCAGCUGCGUUUAAUGAUAUCGUGGCGUGGAUAUUGCUUGCCCUAGCUGUUGCACUUGCCGGAAAUGGAGAAGAAGGCGGCCCGCAUAAAAGCCCGUUGAUCUCUGUUUGGGUUCUUCUUUCAGGAUGUGCGUUUGUUAUCUUCAUGAUGGUUGUGAUCAAGCCAGCCAUGAACUGGGUGGCUCACAGGUGCUCACCUGAACACGACACCGUAGAUGAGGCCUACAUUUGCUUAACACUAGCCACGGUUAUGGUCUCCGGCUUCAUUACUGAUCUCAUUGGCAUACACUCCAUUUUCGGAGCUUUUAUCUUUGGGCUAACCAUCCCUAAGGGAGAUUUUGCCGAGAAACUAAUAGAAAGGAUCGAAGAUUUUGUUUCCGGGUUGCUUCUCCCGUUAUAUUUUGCUUCUAGUGGAUUGAAAACUGACGUUACAAAAAUCAGCGGAGGAAAGGCAUGGGGACUACUAGCAUUGGUGAUCACCGCCGCAUGUAGUGGGAAGAUAUUGGGGACAUUCGUGGUGGCCGUGUUGUGUAUGAUGCCCAUUAGGGAAUCAAUUACACUAGGAUUGUUGAUGAACACAAAGGGAUUGGUAGAACUCAUUGUUCUAAACAUUGGCAAGGAAAAAAAGGUUCUUAAUGAUGAGGUUUUCGCUAUAUUAGUCCUCAUGGCACUUUUCACCACUUUCAUCACAACCCCGGCUGUCAUGGCUGUCUACAAACCUGCUCGUAAUAGAAGUGGUAAAGGCUCCACCUCCGGGAAGAAAUCUGGUCUACGAGUCUUAGCAUGUGUCCAUGGCCCGGGAAACAUAUCUUCAUUGAUCAACUUGAUAGAAUCAACGCGGUCUGUGAACAAGACGCAGCUCAAGCUCUACAUACUGCACCUGGUGGAGCUCACUGAGCGUAGCUCGUCGAUAGUAAUGGUUCAAAGGUUCAGGAAAAAUGGUCUUCCUUUUGUCAACCGGUUCAACUACCGGGUCCGUGCAUUUCAUGAGAGAGUUGCGGUAGCAUUCCGAGCUUAUGGCCAGAUGGGCCAGGUUGUAGUUCGGACCACCACUGCCAUCUCAGCAUUGACAACAAUGCAUGAGGAUAUCUGUCAUGUUGCAAAAGAGAAGAGAGUACCAAUGAUCAUACUUCCAUUCCACAAAAGAUGGAUAAAAACGGACGGUCCAGAUGUGGUUGAGAAUGUAGGCCAUGGCUGGAGAGGGGUGAAUCAGCGGGUCCUGAUGAAUGCUGAAUGCUCGGUGGCUAUAUUAGUCGACCGGGGUCUUGGUGAUGAGUCCCAACAAACCCUUGGACCUGCUGCCACUAUCGUACAAAAGGUGUGUGUAAUGUUUUUUGGUGGCCCUGAUGAUCGAGAGUGUUUGGAAUUGGCUGGAAGAAUGGUGGAGCAUCCGGCAGUCAAUGUGACCAUCUUGAGAUUUGUAGAGGAGAAUAACGAGCAACACAAUGGUGUUGGGCUGAAGCCGGCUCCUAGUAAAGGCAGAGAGAAGUAUACAUUCUCAACAGCAAUUAUCCAUCCAGAUAUAGAGAAGGAACGCGAUGAGAAAGCAAUCGAUGAUUUCCAAAGGAAGUGGGAAGGGAUGGUGGAAUACAAAGAAGACAAGGUGUCCAACAUCACUGAGAGCAUAUUGACGAUGGGAAAGAGUGGUGAAUACCAACUCAUUGUUGUAGGCAAAGCACGGGUCCCUACUUCUACAGUUGCUAGGUUAGCCGACAGACAGCCUGAGCAUGCAGAACUUGGGCCAGUUGGAGACCUCUUAGCAUCUUCAAACAAUGGCGUUGUGUCUUCUGUACUUGUGAUUCAACAACAUGAUAAGGUUGAAUCAGAAGAAGUUACAGUUUCUCUGGCAAAUAAUGAGGAGAUGGCAAAUGAGGUAUAGAUCGGUAUCAAUUGAGUUUCAUGCGACCAGAAAAAUAAACGUGGGUAGUACAUAUAAGGAACAAAAAUUGGAAAAGAAAGAAGUAAUGUGUUAAUGUUAUUAUUAUGUUUUGAACUUGUCUAUUAUUUCUAUAUUUGAUCUCAUUCUUCAACAACAAA